AUGGGACUCUUAUCAUCCACGAAACCCAUCCAAUCGGAGAUCAUCGAGAUGCCCUCAUCCAGCUCUCCACCCGAAUCACAGAUCAUCGACUCGUCUGCAGCUGAAAUGGGACAAGAAGAUCCCAAGAAAGAAAAAGACCAAUCUCAGCAGGGAGGAAGUGGGAAAGUGAUAGAUGCAGUAUGGGGUGAGAUCGACCUGUCAGAUGGAUCAGGUCCUAAUUAUAGGAAUUUGAGUUGGGUGAAAGCGAGUGUUUUGGAAGUGAAAACUCAGAUAGGAUUGGGUGUUUUGGGUCUGCCUGCGGCAUUGAAUACACUGGGUUUCGUUCCCGGUAUAUUAUGUAUACUUGCUAUAGCCAUCAUAAUCACCUGGUCAGACUACGUGGUCGGAACUUUCAAGAUGAAUCAUCCAGAGGUAUAUACGGUAGCUGACGUCGGUUAUAUCAUGUUUGGACCUUGGGGGAGGGAGAUACUCGGAUUUGCAUAUCUACUCGAAGUAGUAGCCACCGGCGGCGCUUCCUUCCUAUCCAUCUCAGUAGCGUUCAACGCCAUCACAGACCACGCGACCUGCUCGGUCGUAUGGGCCAUCAUCGGUGCAGUCGCAGUCGGUAUCCUUUCAUCCAUCCAGACACUAGGAAAAAUAUCAUGGCUGGGCUGGGUAGGAUUAGUAUCAAUCAUGUCAGCCAUUAUCACUCUGAUGAUCGGUGUUGGGAUAUCAUCAAAACCAUCUUUGGCACCUGAGGGAAUCCAAGGUGUAGAUUGGCAGAUCACCACUCAGGCAGUCGCUCAUCCAAGCUUCGUAGAAGGUAUCAACGCAGUCUGUAUCAUCAUCUUCGCCUAUGCUGGAACGCCAAAUUUCUUCAAUAUCGUUGGGGAAAUGAAGAAUCCAGAGGAUUUCACCAAAUCGGUACUUGUUGGACAAACUGCUAUCACCACUAUAUACCUUGUCGUAGCUGCUGUGGUGUACCAUUACGUAGGACAAUACAUCGCCUCGCCAGCUUUGGGUUCAGCAGGAGUGGUGUUGAAAAGAGUUUGUUACGGUUUGGCAUUACCUGGUUUGGCCGUUGGUGGGACACUGUUCAUGCACGUCGCUGCUAAAUACAUCUUCGUUCGAGUUCUGAGAAAUUCAAGACAUUUAGCUAAGAACACACCUACCCACUAUUUCGCUUGGUACGGGUGUGUCAUCCUUGUCUGCGCAGUGGGAUUCAUCAUCGCAGAAGCUAUCCCAUUUUUCAAUGAUUUACUCUCGCUCAUCGGUGCCCUGUUAGCCACGGUAAUCUGCAUCCAAAUGGAGGCAUUCAUGUGGAUGUGGGAUAACAUCCGUUCACCCACUCGAGGUACACUCUCGUGGAACUUGUUGAUGGCGAUGAACAUCUUGUUCUUCGUGCUGGGCUGGUUCUUGAUGAUUGCUGGUACUUAUGGAUCGGUAGUGACGAUCAACGAUAAUUUCAAGAGUGGUGAUGUUGGGAGCGCUUUCAGCUGUGCUGAUAAUAGUUAG